AGGGCCAGACCUUCUCAGUGCAGGAAGGACCCAAGGAGAGUCCAGAGAUCCUGUGGGACUCUUUAGAAGGGGUGAGAGAGCCGCUCUCUCCAUUCAUUCCCAGGUGCUAUGCUGCUGCUCCUGCUGGGUUUGCUAAGCCCAGCGGCUUGCUGGGCACUGGGCCCGGCCGGCCCUGGCUCCCCAGAGCUGCGGUCAGCCUUCUCCGCAGCUCGCACCACCCCGCUGGAGGGCACGUCGGAAAUGGCGGUGACCUUCGACAAGGUGUACGUGAACAUCGGGGGCGACUUCGAUGCGGCCACCGGGAGGUUCCGCUGCCGCGUGCCCGGCGCCUACUUCUUUUCCUUCACUGCCGGCAAGGCCCCGCACAAGAGCCUGUCGGUGAUGCUGGUGCGCAACCGCGACGAGGUGCAGGCGCUGGCUUUCGACGAGCAGCGGCGGCCGGGCGCGCGGCGCGCUGCCAGCCAGAGCGCCAUGCUGCAGCUCGACUAUGGCGACACAGUGUGGCUGCGGCUGCACGGCGCUCCGCAAUAUGCGCUGGGCGCUCCCGGCGCCACCUUCAGCGGCUACCUGGUGUACGCUGACGCCGACGGCUCGGACGCUGGCCCCGGGCCGCGCCACCGGCCGUUGGCCUUCGACACUGAGCUAGUCAACAUAGGUGGCGACUUCGACGCGGCGGCCGGCGUGUUCCGCUGCCGCUUGCCCGGCGCUUAUUUCUUCUCCUUCACGCUGGGCAAGCUGCCGCGCAAGACGCUGUCGGUGAAGCUGAUGAAGAACCGCGACGAGGUGCAGGCCAUGAUUUACGACGACGGCGCAUCGAGGCGCCGCGAGAUGCAGAGCCAGAGCGUGAUGUUGCCGCUGCAGCGCGGCGACGCCGUCUGGCUGCUGAGCCACGACCAUGAUGGCUAUGGCGCCUACAGCAACCAUGGCAAGUACAUCACCUUCUCAGGCUUUCUGGUGUACCCCGACCUCGCUGCCGACGGCCCGCCGGCUCUCAAGCCCCCCGAGCUCUGAGCCUCAGCUUGGAGGAACCCGGGAAGGCCGCGGGGUGUGCAUGCCGAGUAGGGUCGCAGCCCGAACGCCUCACCGGCCUGAGCAUAACAACCUGCUCAACGCGCCUCGACUCUGCCAAUAAAAUGGGCCUGCCUCUGUCAGCCCUAGGACCCUG